AGUGCGUAGAGCGCAUUGAGCGAAUAGACAUAGGAGGCAGAAUCGAGCUCACAUACUCUAGAAACGUCCACGUUUGACAGUUUGCCAAUGUUUGACACAUAACAGCAAUAAUAAACGCAUUUUUUUCUGUCUUCAUGGCUUGCGGUUUCAGUUCACGCGCUCUGUGUGUGUCGGCGGGGAGGAUGCGCGGCUGAAGACUUCAGUCCGGAUGACGGAGGCGCGGAGAGACUGAAGCAUCCGCAUCCUGAUAGACAAUCACAGCGAUGAUGGAGGGACGACACGAGUUUUUAUGCGGGGUUGUUGAGGGUUUCUAUGGGAGACCCUGGUCAAUGGAACAAAGGAAGGUGCUAUUUCAAUGGAUGCAGAUGUGGGGUUUGAACACAUAUCUGUAUGGUCCUAAAGAUGAUCUGAAGCACAGGUUACUGUGGAGGGAAGUUUAUUCAGCAGAGGAAGAGGCUCAGUUGAAAGCUCUGGUGUGUGAGGCAGAGUCGAGGGGUCUGACGUUUGUAUACGCUCUUUCUCCGGGUCAGGACAUCGUCUUCUCCAGCUCAUGUGACCUCACACUGCUCAAACGCAAACUCAGACAGGUGUCAGACCUGGGCUGUCAGGCAUUUGCCCUCCUAUUUGAUGACAUUGAUCACUCCAUGUGCCAAUCUGAUACAGAGGCCUUUUCCUCAUUCGCUCACGCCCAGGUCACCGUGGCCAAUGAGAUCUUCCGUUUUCUGGGGGAACCACCUGUCUUCCUUUUCUGUCCCACUGAGUACUGUAGUUCUCUGUGCACUCCUUGCGUGUCAAAGUCUCCUUACAUGCUGACGAUUGGGGAGGAUCUUCUCCCUGGCAUCUCUGUCAUCUGGACUGGAAAUAAGGUGAUAUCACGGGAACUGAGUGCCGAAUCACUAGCAGAGGUCCAGGCGGUGCUUCAACGGCCACCACUCAUUUGGGACAACCUCCAUGCUAAUGAUUAUGACUCCCGACGUGUCUUCCUGGGGCCUUUUAAGGGCCGCCCCCCCGGACUCAGGGCCCACCUGAGGGGUCUGCUGCUAAAUCCAAACUGCGAGUUUGAAGCCAACUUCAUCCCUCUGCAUACCUUGGGAAGCUGGUAUAAAGAAGUGAAGGAAGAGGGGAAAGGUGAUGAAGAGGCCUAUAGUGUGGAAAGAGCGCUGUCAGCCGCCCUGCAAGACUGGAUGAAGGAACUCAGCCUUCCUCUACAGCCUGGAAGGCAGGUGAGGCCAACAGACCUCAAGCCCUCAACGCUCUCUAUUAAAUCAAAGUCCUCUGAUAGCUCAGACAAUCAACAUGGAGCCCAGCCCAAAUGUCCAAUAACCUCUUCCCAGAGCACAGGGGCUCUUGCUAGCGAUGAAAUCCCAGCAGACCCGGUUACGAGCCAGGAUCUGAAAGCUGGGGAGAACCAGGUCUCAAAGAGCUCCAGCCAUGAAAAGAGCUCUAGAAGGGGAUUGUGUUCUGGGAGGGCUCCUCUCAGUGAGGCCCAGGUCCGGCUGCUGGUUGGUCUGUACUACCUGCCGCAUGAACACGGACCACCCGCUCGGAAUCUGUUGCAGGAUCUCACGUGGCUCAAAGCCAACUGUCACUGUGUCAGUGUCAAUGGCAGUGGCAAGAAGGCCUCGCCACAGAAGGUAGAGGACUGGCGGGCCCAUGCGGGCCGUUUCCUGGCCGUGUGUGAUGAUGUGGCAUUACUGCACAGCGCUGUUGUGAACAGCAUCAAUAGGGCCGUUCUCUACGACCUUUACCCUUACAUCUGGGACCUGAGAAACACCCUGCUGGUGGCCAAGGCCUUCAUCUGCUGGCUAGAGGGUCGUAUACUGAGUGAAGGUUCUCCACUUGGCUCUUGGAAGAACUGCUUCCACUGGUGCGGAGCUUCCUCAGGGGCGGAGUUACAUGGUGUGGAGGCGGAGCCAUGGGUGUUUAAAGGGGGGCUGUCUGGAGAGGUGCAGAUGCUUCUGCCUGUGGGGACCAGCAGUGAGUUAUUCAGUCACCCUCCCCCUCUGUUCCCCACCUCUCGACUUUACAACAUACGGCCAUUCCAGCAAAAAGACAAGGUGGAGCUGUACCGAAUGGUGUGUCAAUUGCAUCAGAGGGGUAAAGGGAGCCAGGAUGCUGCCAUCUCCCAUCCAGACUUCAUUGGGGACAGGUGUCUGGGUGCAUCUCUGGCCUUGUGCCCAGAGUACAGCUUGGUUCUGGAGGAUGAACUAGGUGUAUGUGGGUGCGCUGUGGGCAUUCUGGAUGUCCGCUCCUUUGCCAAACGAUGUCAGGCCACCUGGCUACCUGCUAUGAGGGACAAAUAUCCUUCACGCCUCCAUGGAGCCAAUGGACAUGCAACAAAGGAGGCGCUGCUGUUUUUCCAUGAAGAACAGGACUACCCAGACUCCCUGCUAUAUCAUUUCCCAUCUCAGCUCAGGCUUGAGGCUCUUCCUGAACUGGUGGACUGUAGCAUCAGUCGUAGCCUCCUCACAGCCUUGCUAACAGCUCUCAAAGCUAAUGGUUCACAGGGUGUAUUCUGCGAGGUCCAGCCUACAGAUGGAUUACGGAUGGAAUUUCUUACAAAGUUGGGAUUUCUGGAGAUCCUCCGUGGAGAAGCACGGCCUAGAGAGGGUGUAGUUUUAGGGAGGCUGUUAUAAGCGAAUAGCCAAGACACACAUGAUCCAGAGGAAAAACAAAUAUGUUUUUAAGAUCAACAUGUUGCCAUGUUUGAGACCAGAGCUGUUGUUUUAGUUGUGCUUAGAAAGUGCUUUGGUGAAGUGUUAAAGGAUUAGUUCACUUUCAAAUUAAAAUUUCCUGAUAAUUUACUCACCCCCAUGUCAUCCAAG